AUGGAUAGCGGUGAGCUUGGAAGAGUAAUCGAUUCCCGUUACAAAUCGUGGACGAAAGAAUGGCACGACGUCCCAGACAACAUUGUUCUACCUCGAGUGUGCCCCAUCCGCCUAGGUAAGACGCCCUCAAUCGAAGGCCCAACCGAUUGGUACGAGUAUGUCCCUCUAGACGCCGUAGCCGACGAAAUCAGGGUCAUCAACAUAAUGCCCUCAACCGAUCAUUCCGUACCUAUUAUCGCACACAUAGCCCACUGUCCCAUCCACUGCGAAGUAACCUUCACCGCUUUAUCCUACCGGUGGAGCGUUGACGGCGCUCAGACCCAGAUCAUUGCAAACGGGCAGAAAAUGCUAAUCAAAUCCGGCCUCGAAGCCACCCUUCGUGCCGUCCGGAUGCAAGACAAAGUCGUGCCGUUAUGGGUCGACGCAAUCUGCAUCAACCAAUCCGACACCACAGAGCGAAGCCGGCAGAUCCCACGUAUGGGCACGAUCUACGACAACGCAGCUCUUGUGAUUAGCUAUGCCGGCCCUGCCACCAACGAUAGCGACCUGGCGCUCGAAAUGAUCAAGCUGAUCAAAGAACUGAACAUUUUGAUGAUGAUUUGGAACGACAAAGAUGAGAUGUGCGCAGCGCUCUACAAGCUGCUAUGCCGCUCGUACUUCCGCCGGGCAUGGGUAUUACAGGAGCUG